AUGGCGGCUAUAGAUCAGACCGAAACAGAGACGAACACAGCAGCGGCGGAGAAGACGGAGACAGGAGGAGCGGCGACGGAGAGCGAAGCGCUGGUGAAGCAUCCGCUCGAGCACCGCUGGACGCUCUGGUUCGACAACCCGCAGCAACGCGGGAAAAGCGGCGGCUCGUGGGGCAGCUCGCUCCGCGUGAUCUUCACGUUCGGGACCGUUGAGGACUUCUGGUGUUUAUACAACAACAUAGUGCAGCCGAGCAAGCUGAUGAACAAGGCGGACAUGCAUCUGUUCAAGGAGGGCAUUCAACCCAAGUGGGAGGACCCCAAGUGCGAGAAGGGCGGCUCCUGGACCAUCCCGUGCUCGCGGAGCAAGGAGUACCUCGAUAACAUGUGGCUGCACUUGAUGCUGGCGAUGAUAGGCGAGCAGAUUGACGAGGGCAACGACAUCUGUGGCGCCGUGGUGAGCAUCCGACCAAACAAGGACAGAGUGGCGCUCUGGACUAAAUCCGCUGCCAGCGAAUCCAUUCAGUUCGCCAAAUCGCCCACCCGUCUCCCUUUCCGUCGCGCGUCACGUCGCCAUCUCGUCGCCCGUCCCGUCGCCCUCUUCGUCGCCCUCUCUCCCCUCCUCUCCUCCCGUCGGCCUCUCUCUCGCCCCUCCCUACCGAUCGCCCUCCCGUCGCUCGCCCCGUCGCGCUCUCUCUCUCCGCUCCCUUCCCGUCGCCCUCUCUCUCGCCCCUCCCUUCCCGUCGCGCUCUCUCUCUCCGCGCCCUUCCCGUCGCCCUCUCUCUCGCCCCUCCCUUCCCAUCGCUCUCUCUCUCUCCGUUCCGCCCUCUCUCUCGCUCCUCCUUCGAAUCGCGCUCUCUCUCCGCUCCCUUCCCGUCGGCCUCUCUCUCCGCUCCCUUCCCGUCGCGCUCUCUCUCUCCGCUCCCUUCCCGUCGCCCUCUCUCUCGCCCCUCCCUUCCCGUCGCGCUCUCUCUCUCCGCUCCCUUCCCGUCGCCCUCUCUCUCGCCCCUCCCUUCCCGUCGCACUCUCUCUCUCCGCUCCCUUCCCAUCGCCCUCUCUCUCGCCCCUCCCUUCCCGUCGCGAUCUCUCUCUCCGCUCCCUUCCCGUCGCCCUCUCUCUCGCCCCUCCUACCCGUCGCGCUCUCUCUCUCCGCGCCCUUCCCGUCGCCCUCUCUCUCGCCCCUCCCUUCCCAUCGCGUUCUCUCUCUCCGCUCCGCCCUCUCUCUCGCUCCUCCCUUCGAAUCGCGCUCUCUCUCCGCUCCCUUCCCGUCGCGCUCUCUCUCUCCGCUCCCUUCCCAUUGCCCUCUCUCUUUCUGCUCCCUUCCCAUCCUCCCUUCUCGCUCGCCUCGAAUAGCCCUCCCGGCGACCUUCGACUCUCCCAUCACGUAUGCCCUCCUUUCUCCGUCGCCUCUCUCGUUCUCCCUCUGCUAUCGCGUCAGCGUGACCCUUUCCGUACUCUGUUAUUGUGUUUGGUUUGUUUGUUUUUUCUGUCUUUCCAUCUAUUCUCGACACCCUCUCUCCCGCCGCCUAUCCUCUCUCCCGUCGCCCUCCCGUUUCCCGUCGCCCUCCCGUUUCCCGCCCCCCUCCCGUUUCCCGUCGCCCUCCCUUUUCCCGUCGCCCUCACGUUUCCCGUCGCCCUCGCGUUUCCCGUCGCCCUCCGGUUUCCCGUCGCCCUCCCGUUUCCCGUCGCCCUCCCUUCUUCCGUCACCCUCCCUUUUCCCGUCGCCCUCGCGUUUCCCGCCCUCCCGUUUCCCGUCCCCUCCCGUUUUCCGUCGCCCUCCCGUUUCCCGUCGCCCUCCCGUUUCCCGUCGCCCUCGCGUUUCCCGUCGCCCUCCCGUUUCCCGUCGCCCUCCCGUUUCCCGUCGCCCCCCUUCUUCCGUCGCCCUCCCGUUUCCUACGCCCUCCCUUCCCGUCGCCCUCCCGUUUCCUGUCGCCCUCCCUCUUUCCCUUCAUUCGCGUCACCUUGCCCAUCAUAA